AUGCUUAGGCGCACAGAAAAGACUACACUCCAGGGCAUUCAGCUUGUUCCAAUGCCUCAACAUUGCUUUGAAGAUGUCCAUGUCACCAUUAAUAAGGAGGACGCUCAACUGCUCAAGAAACUCCAAGAAUAUGCUGAAGCCCGCGAAAAAGCUCUGCUUAAACAACUGGGAUCAAAGAAUGAUGAUAUCAGCGUCGGCAAUCUUCAGGCUGCGGUUAGCAAAGAAAAUUGUCUCAAGGCAAUGCGCACCACCCGCUUCUUCGCUUGCUUUCCUCACCUGCUUACGGUAGAGAUUCCGGAUAACCAGCUUCUUUCUAAUGCCAUCACUAAAAUGGCAACUGAUGAUAGCAAGGAAAAGAUGUUAUGGGCGUACUUGCACUUGGAUUUGAUCGAUCAAUCGCCAAAGAUACGACUUUUUCGAAAGAUUUUGGAUCAAUUGGACAAAAACGAGCCUUUCGUCUGCUUUUCUGCAAAUCCAGCAGAAGCCUUCACCAUGUACAUGUGGACCAAAUACAAAUACUGCAACGGAAAAUCAGAGUACUUUCGCCCAGGUCUUUCAAAGAUGGAUAAGACGGCAAUGGUCAACUGGUUCAUGGAUAAUAAUUCUACUACGUCCACGAGGUUCUUGUUUGGCCGUUGCUCAAAUCUUGGUGUUGGUUACUCACUGACACGGGCAUUUCGCUGCUUUCUGAUACAACCAGAAUGGCUGCGCAGUGUGGAAGAGCAAGCGAAAGGACGUAUUUGGAGGACCGGUUUGGCACAGAAGGCAGUGAAAACGUACACUUACCGCUGCAUUCUAGAUGACUUUGAGCCGGAGAGGAUUAUCGUGGCUAGGCAUAAUGCUCGUGGCAUCGUUACGGAUGAGAUUGGCGAAGCGACUGGUAUUAAUCCCGAAAUCGAAGAAGAGGGCAAUGAUGAUAGCGGAGAAGAUAAUUAG